AUGUCCAAAAGUGGGGGACCAUCGACGGCCGACGAACACAUAAACUUGAAGUUGAUAUUGGUCAGUGGCAGAACACACGAGUUCCAGUUCGCACCCUCCACCUCGGCCACAGACAUUUGUCAACAUGUUUUCGAUAAUUGGCCAGAAAGUAGGGUUUUUUGGUUUAUUUUUGUAGUUUUAGGGGGUGGAUUUUGAUACAUAAUGAGUUAGCGAUGUUAUGUUAGGUGUUUGAGAUGUUUAAGGUUUAAAGGCUGGUAGAAUUGCCAUUUUUAAAGUUAGAGAUAUAAAUUGUGGUAAAGACAAAGAUCAGGUUAUGAAGGUUACGUACCGUUAAUCUUCAAAAUUCAAAUUUAAAAAAAUUAGUUAUGAAUUAAAAAAAUAAUAUCAAAAAAUAUUAGGUUUUUAGAAUGUGCUAUAUUUGAAGGCUGACAAAACUGUCACUUUAAAUGCAAAAAAAAACAAAAUUUGUAAAGACUUAGCUAAGAUAGUCUAGUUACAGUUAUGUUAAUUUCAUUAUCUCAAAAAUUUGAAUAAAAAAGUUAUAAAUUUUUAAAAAAGUUUUUAAAAAUAAACUUAAACUUAACAAAUGUAACAUAUAUGCUCGUAGUUUACAAUCAAAAGUUUUCAGAUUGGAAAGAAGAAGCGGUAGCAUCGUCACAGUUAUUAAAACUGAUAUAUCACGGUCGAUUUCUGCACGGCAGUGUAACGUUAAACGCCUUAAGCCUGCCGCCGGGCAAAACCACAGUAAUGCAUUUAGUGACGCGGGAAAACCUACCCGAACCUAAUUCUAAUGGCAAGUUAUUAAGUUUUUAAUUAAUCUUCGUUAAAAUUUAAGAAUUUUAAAUUUUUAAAUUUAAGUUUGAAGAUUUAGAGAUCAAAAUGUAAAAUACGUUAAGUAAAAAGCAAUUAUCAAAAAAAAAUUUUACAAUCUUUGGAAUUUGAAGCCCAACUUUACAAAAAAAUUAUAAAAUUCAAACCCUGCAGGUGCAAUCAAACUUUUUGAUAAUUUUAAAAAUCGACAUAAACUUUUGAUAAAAACUUAUUGUGAAGUAAAAUAUAUGGCAAAGACACAAUAGUUUCCAUUUCAUUUACAAAAUUUAAAACAAAUAUUGUACGAUCUAAUUUAGUGCAAUAACUACAAAACUAUUGCCCCGUGCGAAUUUUUUAAUAAUAAUAAAAAAUAUUGUAAAAUACGCAAAAUUUAGGGAUUACUUUCAAAUAAGAGUAAACGAACCUAAAAACAAGCCUAACUUUUUGAUUUUCAGAUAACACACGAAAAUCGAAGACGACGGGUUGCUGUCGGUGCACGAUAUGCUAG